AUGGGACGGUUUGUUUUGACCUAUUUUAAAAGACUUGUCGUGUGCUUUCUCAUUGUAAUUCUGAUAUAUUUGUUGACUACUCUCACUCCAAGAGACAAAGAAAAGUUUGAAAUAAGUGUUCGAAAAAAUCGAGGAGAGGAGAAAAAAUAUUAUGUAAAAUCAGGAAAGUGUGAAAUGCCCUAUGUGGACCCAUUUAACGAUGAGUUUACGAGAAUCAACCACCCAAAAAUAUUUAUACCUUGCACAAACGAAAGUGAUCUUAUUACUGUGCACUACGAUAAUAUAUUUAAUCAAUAUGUGCUUCAUAUUAAUGAGGAAGUGCUUCAUAAGCUGACCGAGUCGAAAAGUAAUAACUUUUCUUGCUUUUACCAGAAAAUUAUCUACGGUCAAUCGCCCGAUUACUACGAUAAAAUAGGCGAGAAAACUAAACUCACUCAGGACUAUUUGGUACCCUUGAAUGUCGAAGGAAUGUUGGUGGACUGCAGGACAGCAGACGAAAAGAGAAUCCUGCAAAAAGAUGCUUUUGUUUUUAUACAAUACCAGAAGAGUCCUCAGAAUUUAAAUGUUAAAGAUCGAAAAGCCAGUGUCAUUAUGUACGGCAUAGAUACCGUUUCACGCACAAAUAUUCGUAGAAUGAUGCCUAUGGUGUACGAGUUCCUUAAGUCACCUGGCUGGUAUGAAAUGAUGGGUUACAAUAAGGUGGCAGACAAUUCCUUUCCCAACAUAUUCGCUAUGCUAACUGGGCUUUCUCCGGAGUCGGCAGAAGAACAAGUUUGUAAUACCGAUAUAGACGGAUGUUUGGAUAAAAUACCCUUCAUUUGGAAGGAGUUCAAGAAUGAAGGCUAUUUGACCGCCUAUGCUGAAGAUGAGGAAAUUUCGAAUACCUUUAACUAUAUGAAGCCGGGAUUCGGCGUGAGACCCACAGAUUACUAUUUCCGCCCGUUUUUAACAGCCCUGGAAAACGAGACCGUCAUUCAAUAUAACACUGGAUCUCUGAUGAAAUACUGCCUGGGUCGUCGUCUGGCCAAUAGCUAUAUCUUUGACUACUGCCGACAGUUUAUGCAGCGAUUCGUGGCCGAUCGACCCAUUUGGGGUAUGUUUUGGUCAAAUCACUUCAGUCACGACGACUUCUUCAUGCUCUCAGCCAUGCAGCAUAAGAUAUUGAAUGAUCUGCUGAAUUUCGAGAAAGACGGGGCUUUUGAGCAUACGAUAAUGAUAUUCUUCUCGGAUCAUGGAGCUCGGUUCGGUCCUCUGAUGUACAUGAAGGAGUCAUUUCUGGAGGAACGGCUGCCCAUGAUGUUUAUUUACCUACCUCCCUGGUUCCGGGAGAAAUAUCCUCAAUAUGUGCAGGCUCUGUCUCAGAAUCAACAUCGUCUGAGCUCAAACUUCGACGUCUACAACACCCUUAAGCACAUUCUAAAUAUUGAAGAAGUAUUAGAGGAUACACAGUGGGCAUACGACUGCCCCGAUUGUCAGUCGCUCUUUUAUCCCCUUCCCGAGAAUCGCAGCUGCUCGGAUGCUGGCAUAUCGGAGCCCUACUGUACUUGCCACAACUACAAGGAAAUCAAGGCGGAACCAUGGACUUGGCGCUUGGCGGAUCUGGUGGUGGAUCGCAUAAACAAGUACCUCAAGCUUAACAAUAUACAGGAUCUGUGCAGCGAUCUCACUCUGAAGGUAGUAAACUCCACCGAACAAUGGAUGGAGGAGAUCGAUGGUGAUGUUGAUCGACCGAAAGGAAUGAGGUACUAUCACACCAAGUUCCAGGUGCAUCAGAAUAUGGCCGAGUACUUUGCCACCGUUCUUUACAAUAGGGAUACAGAGGAACUCAAAGUCAACGUGGAACUCAUCAGCCGUAUUAAUAUGUACGGCACUGAUUCAGAAUGCGUUAACAAUAAGAUACAUAAGUUAUAUUGCGUAUGCCUAUCAAAGCUACGGACCUUAGAAAAAUAAUUGAAAAUUAAUAAUUAUUUCAGUCACAUAAAA